AUGGGAAUGCAUAUUUUGAUUGCAAGACUUGACAUGAUAGUUUUAUUGACAUAACCAGAGUCAUUAAAUGAGAUUUAACAAUUUGAAAUCCAAAAAUACUUAAAGUUGAAUAAAUCCUUAUUUACUGAAAAUCAGAUCAAUACAUUAAUACAACAAAUUCAAAAUAAAAACUAUGAACACAUUAGAAAUUUAUAUCUAAGAAGAUAUACAAGGUAUAUUUAAUGAUUUAAAAGACUUGAAGAACUGUUAUCAUUAGAUUUGUCAAUUGAGUAAAUCUAUGAUUAUUGCAUACGAGUUUAUUUAAAGGAAAUCAAAAAACCAGGAACUACUACUCUCAAAAUCUAUAAUAAUAUCAUAGAAACUCAUCGUAUUUAGUAAUCUUACUUUCUAAGAGAACCUUCAAUAUAACAAUUGCAUUAUAAUUGCUUAGACUUAGAGUAAGAUGAAACAAAUAAAUAUUUAUUAUUGUCUUCAUUAUAUAAUAGAAAUAGAUUCGAAGAACCUAGAUUCAUUUAUAUGUCAGAUCUACUUCGAAGAAGAAUGUAACAAAUGAUUAAAGAUAUCUCAGAUAGAAAUCAAACUAUUUAAAAAAGUAUAACCUAAUAUUAUCAUCAAAAUAAAAAGAAAUCAUAUUGUCUUACACCUAAACCUGUUAGAUCUCGUAAUAAUACAUUUUAUAAGAACAAUGCAAAAAUAGCAGGAUUACGAGUAUAAACAGAAUUUGUGAUAGAAAAGAGAUUACCAGCAAGAUCUAUAUACCAAAUUAAAAAAAUUUAGUUACUUGAUGAAAAUGAAAAUGUCACUCCUAAUAAUAAGAAUAGUUGUAAAGCUUUAGGAAGACCAAGAAGUCUUAUAAGAACUAAGUUUUAAUAACUGAUCAAUUGA